GCUCUGGCCUCAUCUUGUAAUUUCAAUAAGAGACGGGCCACUAUUACGGCUGCGCUGAGAGCACUCCAGACGCGUCCAGAACGGCGGAGGCUUUCUUUUUCGCAAGGGAGUCGUGUUGGGGGAAAACGGCUUAUAUUGACGUCAAAUGACUGACUUUACCGCAUGUGCUGGCACGACAGAGCUGCCAGUUUGCACCAAACGAGCGCCGAAAUCCUCAUCAGACAAUUAACCUGAGAGAUAGCUGGCAGGCUUUCCAAUUAACCAACACUGCACGGUAUGAUUGUAUUUUUAAACUUUAAUUGAUGCUCGGCUCCUCCAAAACUCGUUGUGCAUGCAUGGUGUAGUUGUGAGGGGAAAGCGCGACACUGCAUCCCGCUGCUGACAGAGAGACACUUGUACCGCCGUCACAACUGUGCCAAGAGACAGGGAGUCUUUGAAAGCCACCGGAGUGGACCCGACCGGCAUAUCAAUCAGCGUCCCGGAGAGUGACGCGCACGGCUCGCACAGGAGAUAAAAGGCAUUGUCUUAGAAGCUGCGCGCCUGUGUGAGUGUGGGGGAAACAGAGUUUGGGGGGGAAAUGGCACUUUCUCCGCUUGAUGAAGGGAGGACUGCAACAGUCAGUGGUAAACACAUGUAAAUAGCCAGUUCCCUUCGGCUUGGUGCGCACCGGCGAGGAGGACCCGCAGGAUAAUCGAUUCGCACUUUGAGAUCUUGCGCUGCGUUUAUGUGACACGAGCGGAGGGGAAGCGGCGGACGGUGGGAUUAUUAGGGUGUUCCUGCGAAGAAAAUACUACAAUUAUUUCACCAUGGACACCAGGAUAUUGUUUUUGCUUGUUUCUUCUGCGACAUAUUUUGCUGGGCUGCAGUGUGCCUCACCACGGAUCACAGCGGGGAUGGAGCUCUCCACCUCGGGCUUCAGCAACAUCAGCAGCGGUGGGGGCAGCAGCAGCAGCAGCAGCAGCAGCGGGGAAACAGGGAGCAAAAGGGACUUUAGCCAAACCAUAAACUCCAGGAUCAAGAGGAAAACCCUAGCUGUGGAUUUUGCAGUCCCUUCUCUGUUGCGCUAUUACCUGGCGGAGUUCAUAAAGAGACCCCUGAACGGCGACUGCCAGACUUUUAGCGGGUGUUACAUGGUGCGCGCAAACUUGACGAUGCUCUGCAUUCCUUUGCAGAAAACCAUAGCCACUUUUGUGGAUCCCAAGUCUGACUCAGCACUGAGGAACACGUCCGCUGAUGGACAGCUCCCCUUCUACUACCAGCGGCCGCUGUCCAAAGUUCUGAAAUUGGGCUUGACGAAAGCCAGCAGGAAAUCAAACCAAGUGGUGGUGGAAAUUGGAGAGGAUAUAGUGAGGACCGGAUGCGGGGGGCUGUCUGUGCACGAGGAGGCCCCGGUGCUUUACCUUGAAAUGGACCUCACAACUAUUCUGGAGUGGUGGCUCGGCGUCGAGGGGGGCCGCCUCAGGGUCAGGCUCAUACCCGAGAAAAAGGCGCAGGUGCCCGUUAUGGAGGAUCGAUACACCGCGGCCAUACGCGCUUCAGACCCCCGCCUCUACCUUCAGAUAUCCUCCAGGGGUGAACCAUUGGCAGGUGGAAGUGCUGCUAGCAUUCCUAGAGGGUACUGGAGCUUCUCCUGGGUAGCUGAGGACGACCUGAGCUUUCCCAACGACUCCGUGCACAUGUCAGAUCACCAAUGCCUGGGCAAAAGCAGAACAUGUGACCAGCAGCAGGAGGGGAACCCGGAGUUCACCUGGAGCAUAGUGGCUGCAGGGGACAAGAAAAGCGAUAAGAAGGCAGGAAGCCCCCAGGGCUGGGAGGAAGGCCACUUCCUCUGGGUGAACAGCUCAGCCUUUGGCGGCCCCUGGGUGCUGAGUCCCUGGUUGUGGGGGGGCCAGGGUCCCUGCAGCCUGGACAUGGCCGUGUUCCUCCACCCCGAGCAAAGUGGGCAAUACACCAUGUGGCUCAUAGAGCGGGACAAACCGCCCCUCGCACUCUUCUCCACAGACACGCUGCCACGCAUCACUGGCUGGGCGGUGGUCCACCUCACCCUGGGGACCCACGGAGGAUCACCUUUCAAAGUGUCCGCCAGCUACGACCAGAGGAUUCCACAGGACGACACGGCCACCAUCGAGCCCUACUUCACCACCAACUGCACCAUGGCACCCCCUCCCAGCCCAAACGUCACCCUGGAGGGCCAGUACCACUGCCACCAGGGGCCGGGGAUCCCCCUGGACAAGCUGUGUGACUUCAGCACAGACUGUCCGCUCGGCGAUGACGAAGGCGACCUCUGUAGACACUUCCUCAAUGGCAGCUACUGCUCUUUUGAAGAGGGCGAGUGCAGUUGGCAGUCAAUAACGGGCCGGGGUCUCUCCUGGAGAAGACAGCAGACACCAUCCAAGGCUUUGAGACAGAGCUGCCUGUCAUCAGGUGCGACAUUCAGUGUGGAAGGAGGCCAGUCCAAAGGCCAGCGGAGCUCAGCAGUACUGAGGAGCCCUCUCUUCCCCCCUCCUCUCAGAAACUCUAGAUGCACGAUGAGAUUCUGGCUGUGUUCUGGGGGCUCACAGAGGGGGUCGCUGUCGCUGUGGAUCGCUGAGAACAGUACAGGCCCUGAGGAGCAGCGCAGACUGUGGCGUUCAGCCAGCGAGCCCAAAUCUGAGAAGGGCUGGAAACUCAUCAUCCUGCCCCUUUACGGGCUGGCAGACUGGUUUUGGCUGCAAUUCAGCACAGAAGAUGGACCUGGAUCGGGUUCAGCCGUGUCUAUUGACAACAUCUCUUUCAGUAUGGACUGCUUCCUGGCAUCCAAUGGUGAGUUCCCACCAACCAGCUCCACCAUGCUGCCUUUCCUACGGACCAACAAGACUACCCCCCCGUCCAUUCGAAGCCCUUUGAGCUUCCCCACCACAGAUUAUCCAGACAAGAAAUGGAUUUUUCAUACCUGUGGCGGUGUGGGCCCUGAAGGCCCAACUCCCUCUCAGUGCCUCAACUCCUAUAGGUACAGCAACGUGACAGUCGGCACCCGUGGGCCCUUCAAAGGCAUCCAAAUGUGGCUUGUUCAGGAAACUGGCACCUACAGGAUUACAGCCUACGGUGCGGCUGGCGGUCGCAGCGUGUUGGCCAUGAGCAGGUCACAUGGUGUCUACAUCACAGGAGACUUCCUGCUGCGGAGGGGCGAGCUGCUUCACAUCCUGGUGGGACAGAAAGGAGAGGACGCAUGCCCCAAUAUCAACCCCAUGCUGAAUAAGAUCUGCCAGGAACAGAGUGCCCCCAUGUCCAACAAAACCCAAGUGAAAGGGGGUGGAGGAGGAGGGGGCGGGGCCACAUAUGUGUUCAAGGUGGUAAAAGACGUGUUCAUCCCCCUCAUCAUCGCUGCUGGGGGAGGGGGCCGGGGCUACAGCAGCCUAUCAGAGAUGCAGCUGGAGCAGAUGGACUAUGACCCCAGCCAACCGGGACGCAACGGGAAGUCAAGUGCUGCAGGUGGAGGCGGAGGCUGGAACGACACUGCUCCUGUCAGUCAGGGGGGCAGACCUCUGGUGCUGGGUGGCCAGGGAGGGCAGGCCUGUCAAAAGUUCUGGCAGACUCGCGGUGGCUUCGGGGGCGGCGGCGGGGGGUGUAUGUCCGGGGGCGCUGCCGGAGGAUACAGAGGUGGUAACACCUCGCUGGAUGACAACCCCAAACACGAUGGUGACGAUGGCACCUCCUUCCUCAGCCCAGAAGGAGAGCCCUUCCUCUACCCGCUGAAAGCUAUGGAGGGGGAUGGGGAGGUGAUCAUCAGUCCGGUGCAGAACUGCAGCCACUGUGAAAGCGACGAAUGCCACGACACCUACGGCAGCAUCGUGUGCUACUGCGACGAGGGUCUGAUCCUGGCCCGGGACGGGGUCUCCUGCAUCAACGCUACAGAGGUUACCCGGCUGCCCCCCCAGCCGUCUCUAUCCCACCUGGCGCUGGGGCUGUCUGUGGGCACCUCGGCCCUCAUCGCCGCCCUGCUGCUGGCCGUCUCCGGGGUCAUGAUCAUGUACAGGCGUAAACAUACGGAGCUGCAGUCCAUCCAGCUGGAGCUGCAGAGUCCAGACUGUAAGCUCAGCAAGCUGCGGGCCUCCACCAUCAUGACCGACUACAACCCCAACUACUGCUUCGCCGGAAAGACGGCAUCGGUCACCGACCUGAAGGAAGUGCCGCGGAGAAAUAUCUCCCUCACCAGGGGUCUGGGUCACGGAGCCUUCGGUGAAGUGUACGAAGGGCUGGCAGUGGGGAUCCAAGGUGAACCCAGUCCUCUGCAAGUGGCAGUCAAGACCCUGCCUGAGGUUUGCUCUGAGCAGGAUGAGCUGGACUUCCUCAUGGAGGCUCUAAUCAUCAGUAAGUUCAGCCACCAGAACAUCGUGCGCUGUGUGGGGGUCAGUCUGCAGACCAUGCCCAGGUUCAUCCUGCUGGAGCUGAUGACCGGGGGAGACCUCAAGUCCUUCCUGAGGGAGACCAGACCCCGGCUGGAGCAUCCGUCCAGCUUGUCCAUGGUGGAUCUUCUGAAUGUGGCCCGAGACAUCGCAAAGGGCUGCCAGUAUCUGGAGGAGAACCAGUUUAUACACAGAGACAUUGCAGCUCGUAAUUGCCUACUGACCUGCAAAGGAUCGGGCCGUGUCGCCAAGAUUGGAGAUUUUGGGAUGGCUCGAGACAUUUACAGGGCCAGCUAUUACAGGAAGGGGGGGCGGGCCAUGCUGCCAGUCAAGUGGAUGCCGCCUGAAGCCUUCAUGGAGGGCAUCUUCACGUCUAAAACAGACACGUGGUCCUUCGGGGUUCUGCUGUGGGAGAUCUUCUCAUUGGGCUACAUGCCGUAUCCAAGUCGCAGUAACCAGGAAGUGUUGGAGUUUGUGACCAAUGGCGGAAGAAUGGACCCACCCAAAAACUGCCCUGGGCCUGUAUACCGCAUAAUGACUCAGAGCUGGCAGCAUCAGCCUGAAGACAGGCCCAACUUCUCCACCAUCCUGGAGAGAAUAGACUACUGCCUGCAGGACCCUGACGUGGUGACCAUGCCGCUGCCUGUAGAGUAUGGACCUGUCCCAGAAGAGGAGGAGCGGGACCCCUCGGCUCCGACGGUACUGGUGAACGCCCCGGUGCAUGAUGGGGAGGUCCAGCAGCCCCCCCCCUCCUAUCCUACAGGAGACCCCCUGAGACGGGGGGAGCACAGCGCGGAGACGAGCGCAGCAUUGGAGGCUAAAGCACAGACGUCGCCCCCCCCCUACCUCCACCAGCAGCCUCACACGCAGAUCGCCAUGACAACCAGCAACACGGUCACCUCCCCAGCCGCCUCUACGCUCACUGCCAAGGGCCCGCACAUCCCCCCCCAGCACGGCCCUGAGGGGGGGCACAUCAACCUGGCGUUCAUCCAGGGUCAGCCGCAGGAGAAGGAGGGCCCCAACGGGAAGAGCACCACCCUGUGGAACCCCACCUACGGGUCCUGGUUCCUGCAGCAGAGGAAGCAGCAGCAGCAGCAGCAGCAGAGGCAGGGGGGUGUGGGGGCUGCAGGAGAGGGCAGCGGCAGGGUCCCGGGGGAGGGGCAGGAGCAUGUGGGCCGGACCGUGGCUGAGGUGGCGGGGGCCCUGGGGCUGCAGCACCAGCAGCAGCUCCAGCAACAGCACCAGCAGCAGCUCCACCAGCAGCAGCUCCAGCAGCACCACCUGCAGAUGCUGCACCACCAGCAGCAGCAGCAGCAGCAGGGUCUCUGCAGGCCUCUGCUGCCCCCGCCCCCCCCUCCCGCUGCCCAGUCCCCUCUGCUCUUAGAUUCGGCCGCGCUGCCCCCGGUCCCCCUCUACAGACUGAGGCGGUUCCCCUGUGGGAACAUCGGCUACGGCUACCAGGAGCAGGGCCUGCCGCUGGAGGCCGUGCACCCCAACCCCCCUGCGGCCCCCCCGCCCCAGCAGGGCCUCUCCAUGGCCUCCGCCCACCAGAGGGGGGCUUCAGUGACCCUGGGUCGCUCGGGUUUGUCCGAGGACAGCCGUCCGCUCCUGGUUACCAUGGGGACAGUACAGGACCCCCGGCUGCCCAGGAUGGAGGGCCACAACGCCACCGUGCUUUAGCCCACAUGCCUGUACUCUUUUUCCACACUGUACAGACAGAGACCCUUUUACACCCCCUACCGUCCCACCAUGUUGGUUCCUCCCUCCAGGCGUGGCUGAGCAUCUGGAUGGAGCCUCAGAACCUAGAGCUGUGUUCAGAUCCCACUCGGAUGCUAAGCACAGCAGAGAAAUAGAAACAAAAGCUUUGGGAUGCAGAAUGUAGAGCAAAUGCUAGUUUUAAGAAUUCAAAAAAUGUAUUUUUUCAAUGCUGGAGGGAUCAUGACUGAGUGAGACACACAUGGAGAACUUUCCAUCUGAGAGAGAGCAGGAGCUCAUGUGUUCAUCAGAGGAUGUCUCUUUGCUGUGAGAAUGGAUUAUUAGGAGGGUUCAAAUCUCUAUAUUUUGCCAAACUUCAAACUUUCAGUCAGACUUUAGUGACCGGUCUGACUGAAGCAGUGUUGUCUCCAGCUGCAGCAACCCGUGCCCCCCCUCACACUGACCCCCCCCUCACACUGACCCCUACCACACGCUUUUGGAGAACAGCAGUGUGCUCAAUAACUCGUAUCAGACUAUUUUUCAAGGAUCAGACUCUGGAUUACCAGACAUUUAUACGAAAAAGAAAACUACUGGGGAAAAAUGUGUUUGUUGGUGUUUGCUUGCCUGCUUGUUUAUUUAUUCAUUUGUUUAUUUAUUAUUUGGAAGUGGCUCUAUAAAUUAUUCAUAAACAGGCUUUCCUCAAAUCCAAACAAAUUCAUUUUACAUCGACUGGUUUUCACUUUAAAACCCAGGGAUAUCUUUUUGGAAAAAAGAGAAAAGGAGAGAUUGAACAGAAACACAUCAACCCUAAAUGUCCUAAACGCUGUGUAAUGACUGCUGAGUCACGACCAUAGACUGUAUAAGACUGGAGAGUAUGCCGCUUGGUCGCGACCUCAUUCAGGAGCAGACGGAUAAACACAAACACAGCGACAGAAGAACACGGCAGAUUAUAGAGGAGCCGCAUUCAGACACAUUAAAGAGUUCACCUUUGGACUUCUGGAACACACUCUGCUUUUGUUCACAAGUUGCUUUGGUUGAUAGAGUGCUCUGAGACCGUUGUCUUUUCUUAUCGCUUUUUUUCAGUAACCUUUUAUCAAUUUCUUUCUUGUUACAAAAAAAAAAAAGUUUUCCCCUUUUGUGUCCAGAUAUAGAAACAAAGUGGAUAUCGCUGAAUCAAUCUUAACCUUCAAAUUGCCAUCUCAAAGCACUCUACGUCUCGACAUUUGCAUAUUUUCAUCUUUUCUAUCACAGGAUGGCUGUUGUGGAAUACAAAUGAGUCUGAGUGAAACGUUUGGAUACAAACUGCUACUGCUCCACAUGUGACUGAACGCUGAGACCCCCGAGUCUCACUUCCACACACGGUGUCUGUGUUUAAAGUCUACCUUCAGUUGAAUCACCGUUCCAUACAGUAUCUAUGUGACAGCACCAUGUGUUGAUGUCUCGCUAAACGACAUGCGUCACGUAUUUGGCCUCCUGUCAGUGUACUGUGAAGCUGAGCAGCCGUGUGUCCGUCAUGGCGCUGGUGACGGUUCGAGAUAAAAGCAUUCCUGUAGGCCGAGGUGAAUCUUGGCCAAUGAAAAGUAUUGUUUGUUUCGUCUUCUGUGCAUUCAUUGUGUUCCUUCACAGCUCAUCUCCAUUGUUUGAUGUAAAGACAAACUGAAUCCGCACCUGUAAAUGUUGUAAUUAUAAAGUAUUGUACUAUGGCUCUGUUAAAAGCUGUCAAUUGCCCUUCUGAUGACAUUCGCCAAAAUGAAUAAAUUACUAUAUAAUGA